GUUUUAGUUUCCUCUCCGGAGCCCAUCAGCCUUCCGGUAACAAACAGCGGGUUGUUGAAGAGGAAACUUCCAACGUACUUUGAUAAUGGAGAACUUCAUCCUGUAUGAGGAGCUCGGUGCAGGAAGCAGCUCUAUUGUCUAUAAAGGAAGAAAGAAGGGAAGUCUCAACUUUGUGGCUAUCAUCUGCACAGACAAAGCCAAGAGGACAGAAAUCACUAACCAUGUACGUCUCAGCCGUGAUCUGGAUCAUCCAAAUAUCGUCUCUUUCUAUGAGUGGUACGAGACAAGUAGCCACCUGUGGCUGGUAGUGGAGCUCUGUACAGGUGGUUCACUGGAGUCCAUAGUUGCUCAGGAUGGAAGCCUGCCAGAAGAUGUGGUGAAAAGGUUUGGAUGGGACUUGGUCAAAGGACUGAAACACAUCCAUGAAUUAGGAAUCAUUUUCUCUGACCUGACCCCUGCUAAGGUCCUACUGGAUGGUAGUGGCAUUCUGAAGUUUGGGAGCUUCUGUCUGUCCAAGGCACAUGGAGAGACACUGGAAGAUUUCUUUAUGUUGGUCAACAAGGAGAACUUUGACAACCUGAGGAAGCGAUUACAAGGUUCUCCAGCUUAUAGUGCCCCAGAGGUUUUGCUGGGAUCAGAAACCGAUUUGUGCUCUGAUCUCUGGGCUCUUGGUUGUGUCCUCUACUACAUGUACACUGGUAAACCUCCUUUUAGCUCUGACUGCCACACUGAGCUCACAGAGAUGAUUUUGCAUCAGGAUCCACCACCUCUCAGACAGACAGUGUUUUCUGAAGGACCUCCCAGUCAGGACUUCCAGAGUCUUCUGAAAAGCUUACUCAACAAAAACCCAGAUAAGAGGAUGAACUGGCCAGAGUUGCAAGAUCAUCCUUUUUGGACAGAAAUACAAAAGGAAGAGGAGGACGCAGAAGAAACUGAAGAGGAGGAUGAAGAAAGUAAGGAAGAGGGAAAAAGCCCUAAUUUAAGACACACAGGACCCUGUGACCUUUUCCCUCCAGGAAUGGCAGACAAUCCUCCCAACAGCCACUCCACCAUCACUCAGCCAGCCUGCAGGAUGUCUAAAAAACAAAUUUCAUCACAUGCAGCACCUGACAGACCAACUGAAAGAGCCACUGGUGGCCAACAGUCUGUCAAACACACAUCCUGUGGAGCCUUAAGAAACAGCUGGACCCUGGAGCGGGAGGUGGGAAAGGAGAAAAGAGGAGAGAGGGAGGCGAACACCGAAGAUGACCUGAAGCUCAGUGGAACUCAGCAGAUGGGGAACAGUCUGCAGUGCAAUAAGUCAUUCACACGAGAUAAAGUAUCAGAGCUCAGACCGAAGAGUGGUGUAGACGAGGACAACACUGAGGCCAUUUUUCUGCUCAGCUCCUGUGCAAAUUCAAGAAGGAGCUGCAGUACAUCAGAUUCUCCAAACCAGAACCAAGCACCUCAGGCCAAUAAUAGAACCAACAUCACAUGCUGUGUGAAGGAUCUUCUCCAUACUGACUCUGAUCUGACUGUCACUCCAAUUAUUGACAACCCCAAGAUUCUCAAGAUCACUCCUGUGCGAUUUGAUCCUAAAACCCUUUGUGUACCGGCAUAUUCAGUUGAGAAGCUGCGGUCUCUGAGUGAUGAAGAGUGGACCGUCUUCCUCUCGCAGCUCUGUUCAUCCCUUGAAGAACAGAAUCCCUCUACUUCUGUCUUCUCCUCUGGUGCUUCUUCUUCCACAGCCGUCCGGUCCAGACUCAACCUGCUGUGCUACCUCUGCUGUGUGGUUGGACACAAAGUUAUCGCUAACAGGCUGAUUAACUCAAAAUUGCUUCUUGUGUUGACCCAGCAGUUGCGACAAGCUCCUAACUGGGAUGUGCGGAACAAGGUUCUCAGAGUGAUGGGUCUACUAGCUCUGCACUGCAGUGACCUUGGAGAGGACAGCCCUGUUUCUGAGGCUGUGUCCGCACUGACAGAGAUGCUGAAGGAAAACCUGAAGAACAGUAAAAUAAAACAGUUCCUGCUGCCACCACUUGGGGAGUUUCUUUACCUCAUCUCCUCUCAGGAGGAGAAGAGAGGCUCCCCAGAGGGACUGUGGUUCGUUCCCGCUGCCGCCUACACUGGCUUAAUGAGGAGCCUGCGGGAAGGGGAUGAUUCUGUAGUUCAUCAUAUGGCUGCUAAAGCCAUAGAGAACAUCUCCACCACUGUGUCUGGCCCAUCCCAUCACCUGGCUACCACAGAGAUGGGCUCGGCCCUCUGGUUCCUAUUCACUCACUCCACUGUGGAAGCUGUCAGAGUUACUGCUAUUUCUUCUCUUUCUAGGCUCAGUCGGGUGGCCUCAGCAGUCUUCUUGGGAGUGAUUGAGACCUGUGGCCCUGCGGCCAUCUUGGAGACCAUAGGUGGAGCAGGGGCCAGAGUGCAGCAGCACCUGCUCACCACUGUGGCCACUGCUUUGCUCAGCUCACAUAUUCAAACACACCGCAUCACACAAAGCAGGGAUUUGGUGUUGAAGGUGCUGCGCUGUCUAGAGAGUCCGUCAACAGUAACAAGAGCCAAGGCAUUGCUACUACUGCUGCUACUAAUACAGGACAACACACACACUCUGCUUUACUGCUGCCAACACAGACUGGUGAUGUACCUGGAGAGAGACCUGCGCAAAGCCACGCCUCUCCGAGAGAAUCCCAGCCAAUCAGGAUAUCUGCCUCAGUGCCUGGAUGUACUGAUUGUGUAUCUGAGUAGCACAGCACCACUGAUAAUGGAGGACGUCUUAUCUGUCCUGAAAGGUGUGAUUGGGAGGAAACAUCCAUCUACCGCUCAGAGUAAACAACUUAAACACACUUUACCUACUGUGUCUGUGGUGCUGGAACUUCUUUCAUCUCAGGUCUUCAGAUCUCAAAUUGUAACCGAAGAGUUCCUGAUGCAUAUUGGAUUGCUGCUGAACUAUAUCGCCUCUGUAGAGUCCAACGAAACAAAUCUGUCCGGCGCUGUGGGUGCAGCAAUAUGUGAAGACUUGAUUAGAACAGCGCUGUCCGUUGUGGAAGUCCUGAGUCAGCACCAUGCUCUCCUUACUCCAUAUCACAGUGCUGUUGUGGACGCCAUCCUACCUCCUCUGACAACACUGGCUUUCAGCAGAAAUGCUGAGUGGUCGGUGUUUGUUUUGAGAGUUCUGUCUGAACUCAGUCUGGUCCUGCUGGCCGAGGACGGUGAUGACCCUGAGGACAAUAAGAAAACAGAAAGAAGAGAAGACGGAAGCUCCAGUGGUCAGAUUUUAUCGCUCAUCAAAUCUCUGCUUUCGAGGUACGAGGCUCUUCUUCGUGCAGCAGAGCCGAUCCCACUUCAUGCACUCAAACUGCUCGUAUCGAUGACUGAACACAACACUCAGAUCUGCAGGUUGAUCAAACAUACUGGGAUCCUACCAAUAGUCUUUCAGCUCAUUAUGGACAACAACAGUAAUGUCACCAGUGGGGUGGUCCAGAAUGCAGUCGUCUUGCUGUGUAAUCUUAGCGGAGACUCAGUCAUGGAUCAGCACCCACUGUAUCAGCAAGGGCUUGUAGAGGUGGUGGUGAGCAUCUUCUCAGAAGCUGCACUGGUCCACCUGGAUGGAGAGGGGCAUGCUGGGAGGAAGGUCAGCCAUUGUGUGUUGCAAGCCCUUUUGGAACUGCUUCACAACAUCCUGAAGAAAACGUCAGCCGUUGUCCGCUUCGCACUACAGAGCCAGAGGCUAUCUUGUCCAGCACUAGAGACGGAGGCAGCAGAGAAGCUGCUUCUGGCCAACAGACCCCUGAGCCAGCUCAGCUCACACCUCAUCCACAUGCUGUCUACUGAAAACCAGGAGUUGUGGGAGGAGUGUCUUCAGUGUCUGUCCCUGUUGGUCCAGCUGUAUGGAGGAGAAGGUCAUGACUGCCUGUCGCCUUCCUGCUUACAAAGCUUUUCAGACAUGCUGCGCACACACCUGCAAUAUGAAACUCCCCGAAUACAACGCACAACUCUCAGGAUCAUCAAACGACUGGUGCAGACUACAGACAGAUGUGAUUGGUCAGAAUGCCCUGAAGGAGCAGCACUAAUGAGGCUACUGCAGGAUAUGACUACGUCCAACAGGUGUCAUGCUGAUGUGGCUCCGCUGGCUGCUGAAAUCCUUCAAGAGAUCUCUGGAUCCUAAAAGUUUUAAUCUUCAAUGUUCAACCAGAGAAAGAUGGUCCGGUGUUUGGAUUUUUUGCUGCCAGACCUCAAAAGACAUUUAUGAUGUGCAGUCUGCUUUUUAGACUGGAAAUCUGUUUCUACAUAAUCUGCUGGGUAGGAUUGUUCACUCAGAAUGUUGUCAGUUUUGAAUUAAUACAAACAUGAGUUGUGUAUUUUUAGA